AUUUAGUCUAUCAUUAGCGGUCGAGCAAACAACGACAAAGUUUUACAAAAAUUAUUUUCUGAAUCGGAUGAAAUAUAUUAACUUGUCUGACGUUUGAAAAAAAAUAGAAAUGAUCAAACUAAUAUUUUUUGUUUUAGGAUACUUUUGCAUUGCAAAUACGCUCGGAUAUGAGAGUGAGGAAUAUGUUCCAUUCAUCGGAAAGCGCAGAGAUAAUUUUGAUUGGAAUCUUUUAAAAAACGUUAUUCAAAAUGACCCUUCAAAAAAUGUCGUAAUUUCCCCAUUUUCCGCUAAAAUUAUUCUUAUGCUACUUGCCGAAAUGUCGGGUAUUAAUUCUCAAACACGAAAAGAACUUCUUGGUGCAUUAGAUGAUGUAAGAGAUUUGCAUGAGGGACGAACAAUUUUCAGUAGAAUCAUCAAGAGUUUGCAUGAAAAUGACGAACAAAAUGUAAUUAAUUGUGGAAGUAGAGUUUUCAUUACAGACAAAGUGCGCACCUCCCAAAAAUUAGAAGUAAUUUAUGAGAGAUCCUACAAUGCCGGCGUACAAAAUUUGGAUUUCACUGAUGUCUCAAAGGCAACAGAUACAAUCAACAAUUUCGUUGCUGAAGUUACGCAUAACAACUUGAAGGAUUUUGUAAGUCGUGAAACUGUCACAGAUGCAAUUGUAGUGCUCAUUAAUGCAAUUUUCUUCAAUGGGCAAUGGAGUAAUCCAUUCAAAACGGCAAGAACGCAAAAAUCAGACUUUUUUGUUGCUCAAAAUUCUCCUAAAAAGGUUGAUUUCAUGCAUGCCAAAUCAGAUUAUUAUUUCUUUCAUUCGAUGGCAUUGAAAUCCUCAUUGCUUCGUUUGCCUUAUGCAGGAAACAAAUACGCCAUGUUCAUAAUUUUACCUGAUAUCGACACGAAUUUGAAUAGUGUACUCUCAAAUCUCGACACGAAAAUAAUUCAUCGUGAAAUGUGGUAUUUGGAUGAGCAAGAAGUAAAUCUUCAGCUACCCAAAUUUAAAAUUUCAUAUCCAAUGAAUCUAAAGCCUCUAUUGAUGAACAUGGGAAUCACGACAGUUUUUUCCAACAACGCAAGUCUUCCAUUGUUGGCACGCGGAGAUCAAACCUCAACAAAUCAAUUACUUCUUUCACAAAUUCAACAGCACACUGGCAUUGAAGUUAAUGAGCAAGGUUCUGUCGCGUUUGCAGCAACUCAAGCUCAAUUAGUCAACAAAAUUGGCGGAGGAACCAAAGAAUUUAAAGCAAAUAGACCGUUUUUGUUUUAUAUCGAAGACGAAAAGACAGGCAACAUUUUGUUUGCAGGAAAGGUCAGUGAUCCCUCGAUAUGUCUUAUUGCAGCAACGAUUGCUGCUGAAGUUGAUCGUGAGGAAUAUGUGCCAUUUCAAGGACGCCGGUUCGAUGAAUUUGAUUGGCAACUGUCGAAAUCUUUAAUGGAAAAAAGCAAUGGAAACGUUGUAAUAUCUCCAUUUAGCGUGAAAAUUCUCUUGAUGUUGCUUGCGGAAGCAUCUGGAAUAGAUACACCAACAUUUAAUCAACUUUCGGUUAUUUUGCCAAACAUUCGGGUUCCUUAUGACGGAAGAGAAUUAUUCAAAAAUGUGAUUGGAUCGUUUAAUUCCACACAAGGCGCAACAAUGAAAACAGGGACAAAAAUUUACAUGAACAAAGACAUAAAAACGCUUAAACGAUAUGCUGAUAUUGCUAAAAAAUAUUACGAUACAAGCAUUGAAUAUGUCGAUUUUUCACGUCAAUCAGAAGUUGCUACACAAAUCAAUAAUUGGUGUGCUAAUGUCACAGAAAAUCACAUUCAAAACUUUAUUUCACAAGAUGCCUUGGCUGAAGCUGUUGUAUUGUUGUUGAAUGCUGUUUAUUUCAAAGGUCAAUGGAGACAACCUUUUCAACGAGAUGACACAUUCAAGAAAGACUUUGAGGGUACAACAAAAAAGUCUGUUGAGUUCAUGAAGAAGACUGAAAAUUUCUAUUACUUUGAUUCAAGUCAAUUAAAAGCUAAAAUAUUGAGAUUGCCGUAUGCCAAUACCCGAUACGCUAUGUUCUUUAUCUUACCAAAACAAGAUUCAAAUAUUAACGAAUUGAUUCAAAAGCUAGAUAGUAAGACAAUUUCAAGAGAAGCGUGGUAUUUGGAUGAAAUGGAGGUUAAAGUUGAGAUUCCCAAAUUUAAGUAUGAGUUUGAUGGUGAUUUAAAAACGGUUUUGCAACAGAUUGGUAUCAAGGACAUCUUCAAUAAUAAUGCAAGUUUACCACUUUUGUUCAGUGAUGGCGAAAAUGAAAAAGAAAGUAAUGUUUCGGGACAUAAAGUUUCAAAUAUUUUGCAAAAAGCAGGAAUUAUUGUCGAUGAGGAAGGAAGUACCGCAUAUGCAGCAACACAGGUUCAAAUCGUUAACAAAUUCGGCGCUCUUCCAGUUGAGUUUAUUGCUAAUCGACCAUUUGUAUUUUUCAUUGAAGAUGAAGCCACAGGUACAAUUUUAUUUGCGGGGAAAGUUGCUGAUCCUACUCGUUUUUAAUUUAAUAAUGAUCUACUUACACAAAGACGAAGAAUAAAACAACUUUUUAAAAUAUUUACAUGAAUUCAUGUAUGUUUUUCCUA